AUGUCUUUCAUCUCUCCCUUCGGUACAUCAGCAUCAAAACCUGGCCAUGGACUCAUAAUCCUCGAAAUUCUUCCUCCGGAUACGCCUGUCCUUCGAACCGUGUCAUAUCAAUACCCACUCAAGCUAGUCGCCCCAGAUCCCCUAGCACCACCCAAUUAUGGCAGAGGAGCAGAGGACGCGACAGCAGCAGUCACCCCCUGUCUCAUUCAUACAGUGUUUCUGUUGACCUAUGGUGGAGGCAUCGUAGCUGGAGACAGCAUAGACCUGGAAGUCAGACUAGACAGCGAUACACGGCUGAUACUGUUGACGCAAGGGUCGACCAAGAUCUUCAAGACCCCUACUCCAGAGCUAGUCUCACGACAACAUAUGAACAUACAUCUCAAGAACAAUUCCGCCUUAGUCUAUCUCCCCGAUCCAGUGCAGCCUUUUGCCAACACGGCCUUUUCCCAGUCCCAGAUCUAUCACUUGGAGAAAGAGCAAGGUAAUCUGUGUGUCUGCGACUGGGUCACGAGCGGCCGUUCCGCACGGGGAGAGAAUUGGGACAUCUACGGAUACAAGAGCCGCAACGAGGUCUGGACCGUAGACGAUGCGGGCAAAAGGAGACUGCUUCUACGGGACAACCUCAUUCUAGACAAGCAUGGCAAGACGGGGCUGCAACUUUCAUCACGUAUGGAUAGCUAUUCUGUCUUCGGCACCUUGAUCGUUCGCGGCCCCAUCUUUUCGUCACUGUCAAAGUUCUUCUUGGAUGAGUUCGAGGCACUACCGCGUAUUGGUGGGAGGAACUGGGGCGACGCGGUGCAGCCAGAGCUUCAAGCGCAUGAGCAGAGGCGGUAUGAGAGGCAGCAGAGAGAAAAGGCGGAUGGGCUGAUAUGGAGUGCUGCGAACGUGAGAGGCUUUGUCCUAGUCAAGUUCGCCAGCAGGGAAGUUGAAGGCUCGAGGAACUGGCUGAGAGACAUGAUCAAGGAGGAAGGGUCGUUGUUGAAUGCAUUUGGGGAAAGGGCAAUUUUGUGUUUGAAGUGA